AAACGCAAGCACGCCACAGCCGCUUUCUUCCCGCGAUUAUGGGCAACACAGUCUCCCUCGCUCGCCUAGCACUAGCUGAAUUCCUCGAUAACCUCCACACCUUCCAAACUCUCCAAGAACGCAUUCAGAGCUCCCCAGGGCUCCCACUCCCGAACCCCAGCCGUUCAUUCUGGUCCUACCCACCAUCCCCCAUCGCCACUCACGUUUCCCAGCUCCCGACGCAUGCUGACUUUGUCGUUAUUGGCUCGGGUAUUACUGGGACGUCGGUUGUGAGGAGGCUUUUGGAUAGUGCAAGUGCUGAGGAGCAUGAUGUUAGAGUUGUUGUGUUGGAAGCGAGAGAUGCGUGUUCUGGGGCGACUGGGAGAAACGGCGGACACAUCUCGCCGCCUCUAUAUCACGACUACACCUCUCUCAAACGUGAUCACGGACAAGUUGUCGCUCAAAAGAUGAUUAAAUUGAGGUUGGCGCAUCUCGAGGAGUUACGAAGUGUCGCAGAGCAAGAAGGCAUUCUUGCAGAAUCUCAGUGGCGGGAGGUGGACUCUGUAGAUGUGUUUUAUAACUCGGACAUGUUCGAGAAGGCGAAGACAAAGGUCCAAACAUAUAAAGCAGACCUUCCCUUCGAUGCUGAGCACCAUGAGGUGUAUGAAGCAAAAGAAGCUAUCGAGAAAUACCGCCUAGCAUCUGACACGGUGGGUUGCAUAUCUUCCAGCGCAGGCGCAAUCCACCCAUACCAAUUCGUGACCGGAAUCCUCGCAAAGCUUCUAUCACGAUACCCCGACCGCUUCUCACUCUGCACCAACACACCAUGCACCUCCGUCUUACCUCCAACACGUUCCAGCCCCUACUACACCCUCUCCACCCCCCGCGGGAUCAUCACAACCCCGCACAUCAUCCAUGCAACCAACGGCUGGGCAGCAACCCUCCUCGAAAAGUUCCGCGGUAAAAUCAUUCCCUUCCGAGGGUAACAUGUCAGCCCAACGCCCCGGACAGUCCCUCGCCAUCCCCGAUUCCAACCCCACCUCCCAGCGCUCCUUCGUCUUCUACACCCGACCAAUUGGCUAUGACUACCUCACUCAACUCCCCACAGGGGAACACGAGCUCAUGCUAGGUGGUGGAUUCGCUCAAGACGGCGAUGAAGGAUACGAGGCUAUGGGAAAUACGGACGAUACGACGUAUAGCACACGUAUCGGGGCGCAUUUAUCUGGUGUGCUUCCUAGGUAUUUUGGGGAGAAUAAUUGGGGGAGGGAAGGGGUGCUUUUGGAGGGGGGCGAGGG